GUUCUGGAGUUAGACAAACAGACCUUUAUAAGGCAGCACCCAACACACACAACAACUUCACCUGCAACAGGCAAAAGAAGAACAUCUUCCAGCUUGUGAAGUUAACUUUGCAACCUGCUUCUGCAUUGAAUGAACCAGUAAAACCAUCUAUGGAUCAAAACCUGCGUUAGAGCACCUCUUAUUGAACAGAGCGAUGCAGACCAUACAGAUGCCCCUCAAGUCACCAGCUACUCGCCACAACAGCUCAACAAUGUGGGCCAUCAUAGAGCACUGGGAGGGGAGAGACAGCUGUCGGGUGGACAACACUCAGCAGUAUCUGUUCAUCAUGCUCUUCAAAGUUGGCCUGGAAACACUGGUCCUGACACUCUUUAGGCGUAACUUGUAUACUUUCUUCAUGAAUGUCUUCAGCUAUUCACUUGUCCUGGUUGAUGUUGCAUUAUUUUUGGCUAUAACAAUGGUAUGGUUCCUCGGGCCUGGUCAGUCCCCUGUGUCGGUGUGUUUUGUGCUUGCACAUGGCUCGGAUAUGUAUGCUGCGGUGCCUCUGCCUGUGCUGAUACUGGGACUUCUAAACUACUUAUUUGAGCUAGGUAACCGUACCUGCCAUGGUUCACUUCACAGUGGCCUGCAGAAUGUUUUUUUGACCCUAGUAGUGUGGGCCAUGGCUUGCCUUUGGUCUUUCCACUCAACAAACAUAGAUAUGAUAGAGAUUGAGUAUAAGGCAGGAAAGUAUGCACGAGUAUGUAAAAUGCAGGACUCAACGUUAAUGUCCUUUUUCUUUGUAGGCAUUUCCAUGGCCAUCUGUUUUGUGUUGCUGCCCUUCUACUCAAAGCUGCCCAUGUGGCUCAGGGAAGCUAAUAGAGCUAAUAGCUCUGCAACUCUGAAGAGUGACUUAUACUUCAGCAAGACCUUGUUUAAUGGGCAGAAAAGUGAUGAGAAACAUACACUGGUGGUGGAGACUGGCCAGGAAGUUCCUCCCCUUUAUGUCAGCCUUAUGUUGUGUUUUACUGUUACAUGGAUUCCUUUCAUAGUCAUAUCAUGUCUCUGUACAGUCAUGGAGUUGGUAGUACCUUCCUACAUCACUGUCAAUAUGCUUUGGGUGGAGUGUGCCAACAGUCUGCUGAUGGGGAUUGUAUUUUGGUUGAAGAGUGACAAUUUAGGCCCUUACAUGGAUCUUUCUGAUGAUUUUAAUCAGUGGAAAAUUUACUGGAACUUGAGUAGAGGGCCAAAACCUGCUGCAUACCAAGAUGAACUCUCCAAUGCUGUUUUCAGUCUCUCAGGUGACCCACUACUACACGUGUGAAAGAAAAAUAUACAAAAAGGGGGGACUUUGUGAAAAUAAACAGGGAUGGUUAAAUGCAUAAAUGUAAAUGUACACAUGAAUGGAGCAUCGUAGUCUACGCUUCUUUAAAAAUAUGUUUGUCUAAACAUAUUUUAACUUCCUAACUGUAAGUGUAAAUGUAAAGUGAAAAUAACAAAACCAGUCAGUAUGAUGACUUGAGCGAAUAUCAUUCACGUCUUACUAAAACAGCGGCCACGCCAAAGGGAAUAAGGAAAUGGUUUCCUCUACUAAAAAAUACAAUGCGGGGCACGUGAAAAAAGGACCGAAAGACUCGUAGAAAGACCGAGUCGGGAAAUGAACGAAUCGUUCGUUUCCUCUAGCUACAGUGCCUAUGCAGGACACGUGAAAAAUGAUCCAAAGACUCGUAGAAAGACCGAGUCGGGAAAUGAACGAAUCGUUCGUUUCCUCUAGCUACCAGUACAGAGCCUAUGCAGGUCACGUGAAAAAUGAUCCAAAGACUCGUACAAAGACCGAGUCGGGAAAUGAACAAAUCACUCGUUGAGAGGACUCGUUACUCCCGAGUCAUUAUUAGGAUUCGUUCAAAAUGAACGAAUCGUUCACGAACGACACAUCACUACUUCACUAACCAAUCAGCAUUCAUUAGCAGAAUGCUAGCGUGUUAUGGGCAACAACGACUCACCCUGUAAGAAAUCAACUUUCGACCUAUAAUACAUGUUGAACAUGCAAAAACUACAAUCAAAUCGGAGAUUUCUCAAUGACAAUCAGGCAAAAGAGACAAAUGUAGCCGUUUAGCUCCAUAGACUCUCAAUCAACAUGCACUAGCUCGCGAUCAACCCCAGUGGAACUCUGGUUGAAUUGCAGCCAAAUUCGGUAUAAUGGGGCUUGAUAGGGAGUCGCAUGGCUCUGUUAUCCUCAGACGCUUUUUCGAGAAGCCAGCUUUGGAGAAACUACUGCUACACUGUACAUAGGCCAUGUGUUGUUUUCAAUUAAGCAUGUUUUAGAUAAGGAGAUUCAUGUCUCUUGUAUGUAAUGUAUUCGUGUAUGGGCCAUUGCGCCAGAAAUAAACAUUAAAUAAAA